AUGCGCUUCCUACCUGCUUCGGCAGUGGCGGUGGUCUGGGGUGUUGCGACCGUUUCGUCGCCGGCCAAUGCACUCGAAGACCUCAAGACCGACUGGGAUAGCUACGCGUACGCUAGCGCUUUGCCCAUUCCGGAGGUCAUCGACAUGACCGGCGGCGGCUCCAUCGAAAUGCAGAUCGGCACAGCGUCCCACGCCUGGACCGAGGAUAAAGCCUUCUCGGGGACCAUCUACGGCUACGCACUCAAGAACUCGACGCCAACGUUCCCAGGCCCCACCAUCAAGACCGCCAAAGGCGUCCCGAUCGACAUCACGUGGUACAACGAGCUCGACUCACCGCACCUGCUCCAAGAGAGCGUUCAGUUAACACUCACGCAGCAGGCUUCAGCAUGUUAUCCUUACUGCGGUGUGCCCGUCGUGACCCACGUCCACGGGAUGGAGUCACCGGCAAGAUACGACGGUCUCCCGUACCUGUCGAUCUACAAGAACCAGACGCAGGCCUUCCACUACCUCAACAACCAGUCCGCAUCGACCAAAACGUACCAUGACCAUGCUAACGGUCUAACGCGGCUGAACACUUGGGCUGGCCUUGUCGGGCUGUACAUCAUCUCCGAUGCCGACAUAGACGCCAAGCUAAACCUCGACAUUGAGACCGACAUCCCACUGGCACUGAGUGAUAAACUCAUCAGCAAUUCCGGCAAGAUCCUGUACUCGGACGACAACUGCAAUGAAGGAACGACGGUGUGGGUGCCUGAAUCGUUUGGCUCGGUUAAUUUGGUGAAUGGCGUCGUGAUGCCCUACGUCGAGGUGCCGCCUGCUCAAGUGCGCUUCCGUUUGGCGAACACAGCCAACGCCCGUCACUACAACUUGACGGUGCCGUUCGCGGACAAGUGCAAGGUGAUCGCAACGGACUCGGGUUAUGUGGGGGCACCUCCGGACCUGGCCGAAAACCUUGUUAUCUUCCCCUUUGAGCGGGUGGAGUUCGUGUGCGACUUUACCGGUGUUGCGGAUGCUACGACGUACGAUCUCGUUGACAAACAGACUUCGAUCCAGGCAACGACGUACGACCCCCGAGUGAUGCAGUUCCGAGUCAAGAGCAGUCUGAAAACGAGCACUAUGACAGUUCGCGAGAUCCCGUCAACCCUGACUCCGUACAAGUCCCUGAAGGAGUUGUACGAAGCUGGCGGAAAGGAACGCACACUAGUUCUGGGCGAGAUGGAGGAGGUCGUGCAGUGCCCGUCGAUGAGUCUCCUCAUGUACCGGUCGCAGCAAGUGAACACCUCCGGCAUCACUGGACACCUGCACUGCACCAAGGGCACGGUCGAGAAGUGGAACUUCCAGAACCCCACGGACGACCCGCACCCGUUCCAUUGGCACGUGAUUAACGCGCAGUGCGGCGAAACGGAGGGGACGAUUAACACGAACGAGCUCAAGGAUGUGGUGGUCAUUCCGAACGCCGGUGACCGAUCGUAUGAUACCAUCACGCAGGUCUGCUACGUGGCGUGCACCCCUGGAGACUACCUGCUCGAAGACAGCACGCGUGGCGCCAAAGAGUUCAAUUUUGAGACCACAGACCCGUAUGUUGCUCACUGCCACAUUCUGGAGCACGAGGAGAAUGCCAUGAUGGCCUGGUUCAACAUCCAGGACGUCGAUGAUGGCUACGCGGACGACGACGGCAUCACGCCCGGGACCCAGAUCACCAAAACGGUCAUCACUACGGCCAUGUGCAUGAGUGUGCUGGGUGGUCUGGCAACCACGGCGUCGAUUUUGGUGAUCUCCGUGAAGAGUCUGAACUUCCUGGCGAGUCCGACCGCGCUUGCAGUGGCGUUCGCAUUAUCAUCAGGCGUGAUGCUGUUUAUCGGUCUCGCGGAUCUGUUUGGCGAGGCCUUGACGUUCUACAGGGCGCACUACACACCAGGCGCGGUUGAUCCGGAGGCAUAUGAGAGAGGCGGCACCUCUAGCAGUGGGGUUUGUGACAAUGUGUGCAACGGCAACGCGUACCUGACCACGGUGGCGGCAUUCUUUGGUGGGGUGUUGAUCAUUCUGUUCGUCGAGUUCGUGGUGCACGGAAUCUUUGACAAGAACAAGAAGAAGAACAAGAAAGCGGAGAAGAACUCGGACGAGAACUUGGAGGACGGAGCCAAGGACGCCAUUGAAUCGCCAGCAUUCGACAGCUUAACGAGUGAACAUGGUCGCGAGUUGGAGAGUCCACGGCCCGGUGAGGCCACAGCCCCCGUGGUGCCAGGACUUAAAGCGAAGGAAGAAUUCCGUCGCGCUGGCGUCAUGACGGGAAUUGCCGUGGCCAUCCACAACUUCCCCGAGGGUCUGGCCCUGUUCGUCUCUUCACUGUCGGGACUUCGGUCGGGUAUUGUGCUAUCGAUCGGUAUUAUCAUGCACAACUUCCCCGAGGGUGUGGCUAUCGCUGCACCGGUCUACUAUGCCACUGGAAGCAAGCUAGAGGCGUUCAAGUGGACGGCUCUGAGCGGAAUCGCGCAGCCGAUGGGGGCAGCGAUCGGUUGGGCUGCCAUUUCAGGGGGAAUGAGCUUUGGUCUCCAGGCGUCACUUUACGGCGUGGUGGCUGGGAUGCUGGUCUGCAUUACGGUGAAGGAACUGAUCAAGGGCGCCUACAAGUUCGACCCCAAGGGGAAAGUAUUCGUGAUCGCAUUCUUCGUCGGUAUGGCGGUGAUCGCCUUCAGCGUCAUGGCUCUCAAGUACGCCGGCUCCGGCUAA